UAGGUCAAAGAGCGUGACGUCAUUAUCCUGCGCCCAAACAACAUGCAAGCCAUGGAGGUGCUGCGAGUGAAGCGGAAGAGGGGAGCGGACCCGGCGGAGGCGCUGCUUAUCAGCUGUAAGAGGCUGCGGGCUGAGAAUGAGGAGAAGGAAGGGGACACCGAGCAGGUCACCAGGGAGAUCUUUAGACUCGUCGCCACUGUCAGCUCACAGGAUGAACCUGUUCAGAAGUAUGUACGUGAGGCUAUUUCCCGUGACCGUGCCGCCCUGGCACUUAAUCCUUCCUUGGGGAGUUUCCACAGAAUCCAGAAAGACGUACGUGCUACGAAAGAGACCGAACGCCAAGACAGCAGAUACCGCUUGAUCUCUAAUCUCCGCCCAAAAUGCGAUGAUCAGGAUGGUGCUCCAGGAAACAGUCAACCUGCCAGCCCUGUGACGGAGCAGAACCUGGUACUGGAGACGGUGGAGGCCUCUGCGGGUGAAAAUUCAGACUCCCUAAUCAAUGCCGGUGGCAGCUUCCAAGUCUUUGACAUGGUGCAUGAGGAAGCUGAAAAAGAAAAGGAGAAUUUGAAGGAGCGUGACCCUGAAACAAUUACCUGCAACUCUGUGAAAAUGAUUCGGGAGAAACUGACUUUGUCUGAUGCAGGAUCUGAGCACAGGGAGAACCCAGACGAAUUUGUGUAUGACCUAUAUUAUGCAGAAGCUGCUCCACAGAACUGGAUUCAGGACAUUUUGUCUGUUCAGCCAUACUCAUGUGAGCAGGAACUGGUGCCUGAAGCUCUUGAGCCAGAGGAAAUUUAUGAUGACGAGGAUGAUGAGAAUGAGGAAAGCAACUGGAGAAAUGACUAUCCUGAUGAAGAUGAUGGGGACAACAGUGAGAAGGAGGAGCGUUACAUGGGUUAUUAUGAAGACAGUGAUGAAGAACGACACGGAGGAGACCCCUGGAACGCAUACAAGCAGAAGGCCAUGAGGGAGUUGAAUGAGGAGGAGGAGGAGGAAUAUGGCUAAUGUGAUGUCCUCUCUCUGAUUUGGAUGAAGAACAAUGGUCUGUUUUUAGACUAAUCAGAGACAGAACUGUUCAUUGGUUUGCUGCACAGCUGAAUUGUAACGCUAAACCUUGUUUAUGGG